AUGCUUUGGAUCUCCAUUUACUGCGUCAAAUUUUGUUUUCUGGCCCAGUUCAAGUUCCACAAGCCGCCGUACGCAUAUAUUAGCGUGCAUCUAACACGAUACUUCUGGGCUUCGAUCAUCAUUUGCAGUGCAGCCUUCUUAUUCACCAUCAUCCACCCUAUCGUGCUUUGUCCUAGUCCAGGGAAAUGCCGGUACUUCCGUUCGACAGGGACCGUGCCCUGGGAGAUGGCUGUGACCGCCAUUGACAUUGUGACCGACCUCCUGGUCAUCUCAAUCCCCGCACUACUCAUCCAUAUGGCAAACUUUACGCGGUCUUACACGAUCAUCAACUUUAUCUUCAAGAGCUUAUCCGUGGUCAACGUGGCUAUCGCCGGGGCACGUCUAGCGCUCCAAUACAACACGAGCGCGCAUCGCAUCGAAUAUGUGGCCAUGACUUUAUUGCUAGUGGUCGAAGCCGCGAUUGCGCUCAUCAUGGCGAGUAUCUCGAGUUACAGGGUCGUGCUGCUAGAUCGUUUAGCAGAGUGGCGGAUGAGAAAAGCAACAGCCUCAGCACGUCCGAAAGAGCUGCAACUUUGGAGCGUAGCGAAUCCGAUAGAAGAACGCGGCGGUGGCUUGUCUUCUCGGGGUGGCUUCUCCGCGGCUUCACCUAGAGCUGGAUUCGGAGCUGACUCAUACUCGUCAGUUACCUGA